AAUUUAUGCGGAUUUAAAUUCCAAUAGAACGUAUCAGCUUCUUAUCUCCCUGCAAGAGCUGGCGGGUGAUUCCCUCUUAACAGCUGCUAGGUCAAUGAGUAGCUUUUAAAACAUUUAUAAUGGCGCGGGGAAUAUUAACGAUAUUUCUACUUCAGUUGUCGUGGACUGUCCAUCUUGUAACUGCCAUUCAGAGGAAAGAUAUAUUUCCUUAUGGGACACCGAACGGCGAUUUUAUUCUUCAGAAUGGUGACGACGAGACAUCUAAAGUACUCGCGUUAAAGAGACCUCUCUAUUUCUAUGAAGCGCAAUUCAAUGAGCUAUAUGUUGCGACUAAUGGCAUUAUCUCAGCUCAGGACCUGCCUAUGGAGAAGCAGUAUGUUGACGACGGCUUUCCCACUGACUUCCCGGUAAUCGCCCCAUUUCUAUCCGACAUCGACACCAGCAAGGGGAAAGGCGCCAUCUACUACCGGGUCACAGAGUCGCCCACCCUUCUAAACCGAGUGGCACACGAGGUUCACCGUGGCUUCCCUGACGCCCGCUUCACACCAACCCAUGCCAUUAUCGCCACCUGGGAGAACGUGGCUGCCUAUGAGGAGAUAGCGCGGGACGCCGGUCAGUCUGACAGGUUGAACACAUUCCAGGCGGUGGUGGCCUACGAUGAGAACAAUUCCUAUGCCAUCUUCCUCUACCCUGAGGAUGGGCUGCAGUUCUUUGGGACACGCCCUAAAGAAUCUUACAAUGUGGAGAUUGAACUGCCUGCCAGGGUUGGCUUCAGCAGGGGGGAAGUGGCCUUCUUGAUCUUUUCUCGGGUGGAGGGACCCUACUACAGUGUUACCAACAAUGAGCAGAGUCUGAAAAACCUCUAUCAGGUUGGCAACACCGGCGUACCUGGUGUGUGGCUCUUCCAUAUUGGCAGCCGCUACUCUUUCCAAAAUGUGGUUCCAGCCUCCACGGGGGGUGCUCUUGCCACGCCACCCCCUAGAGGCCUGGAGACGUAUGAGAGCACUACUGCAGAGUACCCCGAGGCAGAGUAUACGGCACCAUUUGAAGAAGAAGAAGAGCUUGAAGAAGGCGAUUACUCCCCCAUCACUGACCCCGACUUCCAUUCCCCCGCUAUCCCUGAGUUCCAUGUGAACUCCCACCCGGACCGUGGAGCCCUACCUGGUCAUGCCCGUUUGCAGCCCUAUGGAGGUGACCUUCCUUUAACCUCCAACCCACAGUAUCGUGACCAUGACAAUAUUGACACGCCAACUCUAGUGUCCGGUCCGUCCGGACCAGCGGAGUACCCAGACCGAGUGCCCGAUCCCAGGAACAGGCCCCACCCCCCUCCCCUGGAGGAAGUCCAACCCCAGGCCGAAGCCCCCCAGGCAGUCCCCAGGCCGGAGCAUACCGCCCUAGAGGUGUUCCCCUACACCAGGGAGGAGAACAGCCCUCGUCUGGAGAGCAGUCCACCACUGGCCCCUGGUGGGGGCCAUAUUGUCGACGUGGUGGAGGAGGAGAACUUUGAAACAGGAGUGAUCCGGUACAGCACAGAGACCAAGCGGACUUGUGCCGUCUUCCAACAACAGUGUUCUCAGAACGCCUACUGCACCGACUACCCUGCCGGUUUCUGCUGCCAUUGCCGCACCGGGUUCUAUGGCAACGGCUGGCAAUGCCUACCUGACGGUGCCCCCCAUCGUGUCAAUGGCAAAGUGAGUGGGACAGUUAUAGUGGGUUCCACACCUGUGUACCUGAACAGCGUGGACCUGCACGCCUACAUCGUAGUGAGCGACGGACGGGCGUACACUGCCAUCAGUGAGGUACCGGAGAACGUAGGAUGGGCGCUGAUGCCUGUGGCGCCAAUCGGGGAAAUCUUUGGCUGGCUGUUUGCCAUGGAGCUGCCAAGCGGCCAGGCUGGCUUUAAGAUCACCGGCGCUGAGUUCACGCGCCACGCAGAGGUGACCUUUUACCCUGGGAACCAAAAGCUAACCAUCGUUCAGACUGCCCAAGGAUUGAACAGCGAUAACUACAUGACGGUGGACACCCGACUCCAUGGCAAUGUGCCCUUUAUCGCCGCCGGCUCCACUGUGCAGGUGGAGCCCUACAAGGACACCUAUCAGUACUACCCUUCUGUGGUGACAUCUGCAUCGGUGCGGGAGUUUACAGUGGUGUCAGCGGAACGGGGCUCAGAGACAUUUACGUUCCAGCUACGUCAGAACAUCACUUACCGUGACUGCCACCAUGGGCCACGAACGGGCCCGGAGACGCUACAGUUGACCACCGAACGGGUCUUUGUAAUGUACGUCAGGGACGAAAACAUCCUGAGAUACGCCAUCACCAACAAGAUAAGCUCUGUCGGAGAGGAAACUUCAGAACCUGUCCUGGUGAACCCAUGCUACGCAGGAACUCAUGAUUGCGACACCACUGCCCAGUGUCUACCAGGGGAGGGCCAGCAGUACCUGUGCCAGUGUGCCACUGGGUACAGGGGAGACGGACGCAACUGCUAUGACGUGGAUGAGUGUGUUGAGGGCCUCAGCCAAUGUGGUCCCCACACGCAAUGUGUGAACCUCCCAGGCACCCAUAGCUGUCAUUGUCAGGCCGGCUAUGAGUUUGGCUUUGAUGGGCGCACCUGCCUAGACAUUGACGAGUGCCGCUCUCAGCCCUGCCACCCCCAGGCCACUUGCACCAACACCCUAGGCUCCUUCCAGUGCCAGUGCCAACCCACGUUCCAAGGAGACGGCUUCCAGUGUUUCCCGAGCGAUGAAAAAACGGAUCGCCCGAAGACCCAGUGUGAACAGCAUAGAGACAGUUUAAAGGGUGGGUUUUCUCCCCGGGGGCCGCGACCUGUUCCUGGGGGCUUUGUCCCUCAGUGUGAUGAGCAGGGUCAGUACAGAGCCCUGCAGUGUCAUGGUUCUACUGGACACUGCUGGUGUGUGGACAGCAGGGGGCAAGAGAGAGCAGGGACAAGGACGCCACCCAGUGCUCCCCCCACCAACUGCGAAAAAACAGAUCAUCGUGAAAGGCCUAAGACUGAUUGUGAACAUCAUAGAGACAGUGUCCAGACAACCAGUCCUGAGGGGUACCCUAUCGUUGGGGCCUUUGUUCCCCAGUGUGAUGAGCACGGCCAGUACAGAGACCUCCAGUGUCACGGUUCUACUGGACACUGCUGGUGUGUGGACAACCGGGGGCAGGAGAGGGCCGGAACCAGGAAAGCACCUGGUGCUGGACAGCCUAACUGUAAUGAACCAGAUCAUCGUGAAAGGCCUAAGACUGACUGUGAACAUCAUAGAGACAGUGUCCAGACAACCAGUCCUGAGGGGUACCCUAUCGUUGGGGCCUUUGUUCCCCAGUGUGAUGAGCACGGCCAGUACAGAGACCUCCAGUGUCACGGUUCUACUGGACACUGCUGGUGUGUGGACAACAGGGGGCAGGAGAGGGCCGGAACUAGGAAAGCACCUGGUGCUGGACAACCUAACUGUAAUGAACCAGAUCAUCGUGAAAGGCCUAAGACUGACUGUGAACAUCAUAGAGACAGUGUCCAGACAACCAGUCCUGAGGGGUACCCUAUCGUUGGGGCCUUUGUUCCCCAGUGUGAUGAGCACGGCCAGUACAGAGACCUCCAGUGUCACGGUUCUACUGGACACUGCUGGUGUGUGGACAACCGGGGGCAGGAGAGGGCCGGAACCAGGAAAGCACCUGGUGCUGGACAGCCUAACUGUAAUGAACCAGAUCAUCGUGAAAGGCCUAAGACUGACUGUGAACAUCAUAGAGACAGUGUCCAGACAACCAGUCCUGAGGGGUACCCUAUCGUUGGGGCCUUUGUUCCCCAGUGUGAUGAGCACGGCCAGUACAGAGACCUCCAGUGUCACGGUUCUACUGGACACUGCUGGUGUGUGGACAACCGGGGGCAGGAGAGGGCCGGAACCAGGAAAGCACCUGGUGCUGGACAGCCUAACUGUAAUGAACCAGAUCAUCGUGAAAGGCCUAAGACUGACUGUGAACAUCAUAGAGACAGUGUCCAGACAACCAGUCCUGAGGGGUACCCUAUCGUUGGGGCCUUUGUUCCCCAGUGUGAUGAGCACGGCCAGUACAGAGACCUCCAGUGUCACGGUUCUACUGGACACUGCUGGUGUGUGGACAACCGGGGGCAGGAGAGGGCCGGAACCAGGAAAGCACCUGGUGCUGGACAGCCUAACUGUAAUGAACCAGAGGUCCUUCCCCCCACCCAGCGCCCGGAUACAGUGUGCGAGCGUUGGCGGGCCAGCCUUGUGGACCACUACGGGGGCAAACCCGAGCCGCAACACUACCUGCCCCAGUGUGACCGCGAGGGCCAGUUCAACCCCGUCCAGUGCUACGGCGACAGCAGCUACUGCUGGUGCGUGGACCGGGAUGGCCGCGAGGUGGCUGGGACCCGCUCUCACGAUGUGGUCAAGCCUGCCUGUAUCCCCACUGUAGCCCCUCCCACUAUGCACCCUCUACCUCGCCCUGAUAUGACCCCGCCCCCCUCAGGCACUUUCCUCCUGUAUGCCCAGGGACAACAGAUUGGGGCACUCCCUCUCAAAGGCACACACAUGGACUUGGAGCGCUCUUCCACACUACUUGCUUUGCAUGGCUCCAUUGUGGUGGGCAUCGACUACGACUGCAGGGAGGGAAAAGUGUACUGGACAGACCUGGCAGGCAGGACCAUCAACAGAGCCAAAAUGGAGCCUGGGGCCGAGCCUGAGACUCUUAUCAACACAGGUCUGACCAGUCCUGAGGGCUUGGCGGUGGAUGUACAGCGCAGGGCCAUGUUCUGGGUGGACAGCACACCAGACAAGAUUGAACGUGCCAACCUGGACGGUAGCGGAAGAAAGACUAUUUUUGAUACAGACCUGGUCAACCCCCGCGCCAUCAUUGUGGACUCAUCCACUGGAACCUUGUAUUGGACCGACUGGAACCGAGAGGCCCCGAAGAUUGAGAGCUCCUCAGUAGAUGGACACAACAGGAAGGUGCUGGUGAAGGAUGGGAUUGGCCUGCCCAAUGCCUUGACCUUUGACACAGUCAUGAGACAUGUGUGCUGGGCAGAUGCAGGGACCAAACGUCUGGAGUGCAUUGCGUCGGAUGGGACAGGUAGAAGGGUGAUCCACAGCAACCUGAACUACCCCUUCAGCAUGGUGUUCUACUCCAACCACUUCUACUUCACUGACUGGAGGCGGGAUGGAGUCAUUGCUUUAAAUCGGGACAACAGCCAGUUCACAGACGAAUACAUACCAGACCAAAGGUCUCACCUGUACGGCGUCACUGUAGCAACCACCCACUGUCUAUAAGGAAGACACCAAUGAUGUGUUUAAAAGGUGCUAUUUUGGGCAAGCCUUGAAAAGCUUGCCCCUGUGAGAACUCAUCCGAGAGAGACCACAAGAGGUGGCAAAGAGAAAACAUUCACAAUGAAGCAAAUUUACAAAUGCCAACCGUGACAACCCCCUCUAAAGAAAUUUUUGUAAAUUUGUUUCAUACCUCAUUUCAUAAUUUCUACUGUAUUUUUGUAUGUUUUUUUAAGUCAAAAGAAAAGUGCUUUAUAAAAGUAUAAGAUAUUUGAGCCACAAGUUCUAUUGUAAUUGUCAAUGUGUAUUGAAUGAACAACAGUAUGAGAAUUCUGUGCACUAACAAUUUUACCACAUUGCAUUGAUUUUUUUUUUAAUCCUUUUUAUCUUUUGUAAGAUGCGAUAUUUAUAACAAUAAAAUGUGAUUCAGGAUUUACA